GGCGGCGGUUUGUUCAUGACGGAGCGUCGCGGCGCGCGGACCACCACCACCACCUGUCUCGAGGUGGACGGUUGAUAACGGCAGCGGCUCGCGAGCGCUCAUGUACCGUUGUGUGGCGUGAAGCUGGAGCACGCAGCCCGGAACCCGCCACCCCUCCGCUGGGCUGGACCGGAGCAGCCAGCCCUCUGGACCGAUGUCUUGGCCGAAAUGUCCCGACACAUUUACAUACGGAACAAGAUUGGCGAGGGCAUCCAGGCGCCCAUCUUCCAGGGAAAGGGAAAGGAAGACGGAAAGUCAGGAGGUGAGGAGGAAAGUGAAUCGAGGGACUUAUUCCAGGAGGAGCCGACUCAAGAGGUCUGAUGGCAGCACCACGUCCACCAGCUUCAUCCUCAGACAGGGCUCAGCUGAUUCAUAUACUAGCAGACCAUCAGACUCAGAUGUCUCUCUGGAGGAGGAGCGGGAGGUGCAGGCCCAGGUCCAGAGCCAGAGCCCAAGCCAGAGCCAAGGACCGGGACAGAGCCGCCAGGAGAGGGAGCAGCAGGCCACCAUUCAACUGGAGAGAGCCAAGACUAAACCUGUGGCAUUCGCUGUGAGGACCAACGUCAGCUAUUGUGGCGCCCUGGAUGAGGAUGUUCCAGUACCAGCCACAGCCAUCUCCUUCGACGCCAAGGAUUUCCUCCACAUAAAAGAGAAGUUCAACAAUGACUGGUGGAUCGGGCGGUUAGUGAAGGAGGGCUGCGAGAUCGGCUUCAUCCCCAGCCCUCUAAAACUCGAGAACAUCCGGCUCCAGCAGGAGCAAAAGAGAGGACGAGUCCAAGGUAAGUCUGGAGGGAACUCUUCGUCUAGUGUAGAGGAUGAGGUAUCUGCCUCUAUCCGACCCCUCAUAUCCUCAGCAGGAAAGCAGAAACAGAAAGUGACGGAGCACAUCCCCCCAUACGAUGUGGUUCCCUCCAUGAGGCCCGUGGUGCUGGUGGGACCCUCGCUCAAGGGUUAUGAGGUGACAGACAUGAUGCAGAAAGCACUGUUCGACUUCCUCAAGCACAGAUUUGAUGGCAGGAUAUCUAUCACACGAGUCACAGCAGAUAUAUCACUAGCCAAGAGGUCUGUUCUCAACAACCCCAGUAAGAGGGCCAUCAUUGAGAGAUCCAACACUCGCUCCAGCCUAGCUGAGGUGCAGAGUGAGAUCGAGAGGAUCUUCGAGCUGGCUCGCUCCCUGCAGCUGGUGGUGCUGGACGCCGACACCAUCAACCACCCGGCCCAGCUCCUCAAAACCUCCUUGGCCCCCAUCAUCGUUCACGUUAAAGUCUCCUCGCCAAAGGUUCUGCAGAGGCUAGUCAAGUCCAGAGGGAAGUCCCAGAGCAAACAUCUGAAUGUGCAGCUUGUGGCAGCUGACAAAUUGGCCCAGUGUCCUCCGGAAAUGUUUGACAUCAUCCUGGACGAGAACCAGCUGGAGGACGCCUGCGAGCAUCUCGCCGAAUACCUCGAGGCCUACUGGAAGGCGACCCACACCUCGAUGGCGACACCCCUAAACCCCUUGCUGGGACGCAACCUGGGCCCCACCACCCUCACACCGUACCCCACCACCAUCUCUGGACUGCAGCAGAGCCAAAGAAUGCGACAGAGCAACCACACGGGCGACCACUCGACCCCCAACGAACGCCGCAACCUGAUGACAUCGGACGAGAACUACCACAACGAGCGGGCGCACAAGGGACGCAACCGCAUGUCUUCUGGCUCGCAGCACAGCCGAGAGCAGCAGGACCCCUACCAGGACUACCAGGACCCCUAUCAGGAUGCAUACAAGCCACAUCGCAAUCGCAGUUCACCGGGCAGCUACAGCCAUGACUCCCGGCACCGGCUCUGAGCCCACUUCUGUCAUCGCCAGGGCCCGAAAUGACCCAGAUUCCACCCAAAAUAAACGCUGCGACAGAGCCGAGACGGUCCCAAACUGUACAAUCUUUGUUUUGGUUAAUCAGUUUUGUCUACCUGGCUCCUUUUUAUUUUUUCUCUCUCUCUCUAUUUAAAAGUCCAACAAAAUCGUGUUCAGGUGUUUGUUUUUAAUCGAGCUGCCAGGGCAAACCCCCGGUCAAUCAACAGCACGAGUAGUCCAGAUUCAGGACGCCGACAUUAAACUAACGCAGCUCCUUCAAAAUUUCUGUUUCCUGGGACCUUUUUUUUUUUUUUCCGGGAUCGUACUAACACGAUGCUCGGCAGAUGUGCAGCGCAGACUGCUUGUCGCCUGCGUCAGCAAGCUAAUUCUGGAAAGUGGUCAGAUGGUGGCUGUGUACAGGCUUUCGAAGCGCCUGGCACAUCGCGCCAGGUCAGAGGGAAGUCCGCCGCGCACAGACUGGUGAAGGCUGCUGACCCCCCCGACCCCGGGCCAUGUAUAAAUCCUCUCACCAUUUAGCUUCUUGCAUGCUGAUAGAUGAUCAAACCACCGCAUCCACUUCAUUGAUAUUUUGUACCUAGCAUUUUGGAUUCUCCAACGACGACGACGUUGACGAGGUGCGUGUGUAAAUACGGAGGUCCAGUUUUAUAAAUCACCUGAUUGCGUGGAGAGGUUUGGGUAGGUGGUGGGUUUGCAGAUGAUAUCUGGGCUGCUAGUUUUGAAAACUGGUGCUUCACAUUCCCAAAAUAUUUUGCUAUUUGAAAGUCACUUUGAGCAAAGGCCAGCUUUUCUGUAGCAUCGCUUUUAGGAUUUCAUUUGGGUGAAGACCCCUCACCGUCAUAGACAGACAGCGAUGGUGCUGGGAUCAGAUCUCGGUAACACUGUAGGAGAAAGGCAAUAACUGCUUCUGUUCUGAACAGCUGAGCACUUAGAGACGAGUUAGAGAAGGCGAUAGCUGUGACAGUCUGUCGGAUAGUUUAGUUAAUAGCAAAAUACUACUUGAGAUGCCGUUUGUUGUUGUUGUUGUUGUUGAGAGAAACCCCCGCGAGCAGUCUGGGAUUCAGAAUUCAGUUUGAUGGACCUAAAAGAGCAUCCGCCGCUGAGACUCCAGGUCGUUUUUGCAUUCCCGAGCAUCCAAAUCACAGUUGUAUAGCGUUAAAACAAAAAGUACAGAUGUGGGUUGAAGUCUUGCGAUCGGUUCGCGGCCAUCAGAUCUUCUCCUUCCUGUGCGUUUUUCUUUUUUAGGGGAUUAAAAGCAUUAAAAAUGUGACAUGGCAGAAUCGGUUGCAUCAUGUUCAUUCUCUGUGUAGCUGGCAUGUUGUCCUGACUGCAGAGCAUGUUCCCUCUAAACGUGAAAAAAAAGAAAAAAAAAUAGAAACCCUAACUGUAAUCAAGUUGAUGUUUGUAGAAGUAUUAGGGCACCUUUCUCCGAGGAAAAAAAAAAAAGAGAAAAAGACAAAAGACAAAAAAAGAUGAGAGAGAAAAAGAC